UCGGACCAGUUACCAAGUCAUCUUUCCCUCUUUCCUGGCUCUUUUGUCUACGGAAACACUGCAGCUGAGGAUAGAAACAAGGAAUGAAUGGCCCUGCAAGACUUGAGCCAGAUUCUGAUGAGGUUGUUGAAGUUGAUCCUACUGGGAGAUAUGGAAGAUACAAUGAAAUUCUUGGCAAGGGAGCUUCGAAGAUAGUCUAUAAAGCCUUUGAUGAGUAUGAAGGAAUUGAGGUGGCAUGGAAUCAGGUGAAGCUCUAUGAUUUCCUCCAAAGUCCUGAAGAUCUUGAGAGGCUCUACUGUGAAAUUCACCUACUCAAGACUUUAAAACAUGAGAACAUCAUCAAAUUCUACACUUCUUGGGUUGAUGCAGCUAACAGGAACAUCAACUUUGUCACUGAAAUGUUCACCUCUGGUACUCUCAGACAGUAUAGGCUAAAACACAAGAGAGUAAAUAUUAGAGCUGUGAAGCACUGGUGUAGGCAAAUAUUGAAGGGGCUUCACUAUCUCCAUAGCCGUAACCCCCCUGUAAUCCACAGAGAUCUCAAGUGUGACAACAUUUUUGUUAAUGGCAACCAAGGAGAAGUCAAGAUUGGUGAUCUUGGCCUAGCUGCAAUCCUUAAGAAAUCCUAUGCUGCUCGUUGCGUUGGAACGCCAGAGUUCAUGGCUCCGGAGGUCUAUAAAGAGGAAUACAAUGAAUUAGUUGACAUAUAUUCGUUUGGGAUGUGUGUGUUGGAGAUGGUUACAUGUGAAUUUCCAUACAGUGAAUGCAACCACCCUGCUCAGAUAUACAAGAAAGUUAUAUCUGGGAAAAAGCCAGAUGCUUUGUACAAAGUAAGGGAUCCUGAGGUGCGACAGUUUGUUGAGAAAUGUCUAGCAACCGCGUCGAGUAGACUCUCUGCCAGAGAGCUUUUGGAGGACCCUUUUCUCCAAAUUGAUAAUUAUGGAUAUGAUUUGAGGUCGCUAGACCACCAGGGUGAUUCAAAUGAAACGGGAACUCUAGUAAGACAACCUUUCUAUGGAAUUAAGGAUCAUGCCCAUUAUCUUGGUUAUGAUCCUGAAAAUAAAAUAGAAUACCAUAAAGUUGGGUAUGAACCAUGUGAAAUUGAUCUGUUUUCUUGUCAAGAGGAUGAGCAUUUAGAAAAUGUGGACAUUACAAUCAAAGGUAGGAGGAGAGAGGAUGAUGGCAUCUUCUUAAGGCUCAGAAUUGCAGAUGAAGAAGGUCGCAUUCGAAACAUCUACUUCCCAUUUGACAUUGAGACUGACACUGCUCUAAGUGUUGCAGCUGAAAUGGUUUCUGAGCUUGAUAUUACUGACCAAGAUGAGUUGAAGAUAGCUGAUAUGAUUGAUAGUGAAAUUGCAAGCUUGGUGCCUGAAUGGAAGAGAAGGCCGGGGAAAGUGGAAAGUUCACAGUUUACUGAUGCAACUUUCUGUCAUAAUUGCUCUUCACACGGCCACCUAUUGGAUUAUGUGUCAUCAAAUAGUCCAGGAGCCAAGAACUUGCAAGUUCUUCAGUGUACUGAGCAGGGAUGUGCCAAUCUACACGGCCGAUUUGAGGAGAUCACAUACCAAGUUGAAGGGCCAGAAAAAUGUUCCAGUACUGACUAUGCACCAGUUGUAUCAAGCCAAUCCAAUGGCUUAAGUUAUGCUGAUAUAUGGGCUCAGCGGGAUGGUUCACAAGAAUCAAAAGAGAUUCAUCGUGAUGACGAGGGAGAUGAUGCAGUGAACCAAUCAAUUUUUGUAAAGGAAGAGAGAAUCAUAAACAUUGAUAGUCUUUGUGAAUCCAAAACAAGAAAGUGCGUCACUUCAAGCCCUUCUGCAGCUUGUGCUCACUGGGAUGAUCAUGAGAAUGAAAUUAGGCAAGAACUUAGAUGGCUUAAAGCAAAAUAUCAGACGCAGUUAAGGGAGCUUAGAGAUCAACAGUUGAGUGCGAAUCACAAAAAGGAAAACGGAGUUCCUUUGCCUUCAAUUUUCCAUAAAGUAAAGAGAGAGAAAUAUAAACCUCCCCUGAAAUCUCUUCCAUCUGGGAAGCAUCUCAGUUCAAAUUUCCUUACUGAUGCUGAGAAGAGACGUGCCAAUUCAGAGUACCAACUAGUCCAAAAUUUUGAAGCAGUGAUUAGGAGAUACAGCCCUGACCGAAUUAUCAAUGCUAAGAGUUUCAACACAGGAGAUUUGCUUCCAUAUACUCUCCAUAGAGCAACAUCCCUCCCAGUUGAUGCUCUUGAUGUUUAAUAACUGCACAGUUUUCUACUCACUUUACCAAGUGUGCACUAUACUCUCAUGUUCAUCAAUAUCUAGGAUGCUUCUCUCCAUUGAUAAGGGGGAAAAAGAGGUGGCGAUGAAAUUAGCACAGAGAUUUGGUUUACAGCUUUUUACAGUCUAUCCCCAUGAGGGAUAUGUUGAGUAAAAAUCGAAUGUACAAUACCAAAUAAACAUCCAAGCAAAAAUAUUUCAUAAAA